AUGGAUGAAUUUCAAUCAAAGGCAUUUGAAGUUGGAGAAGAGAUAGAACCAGAUGAUAAUGAACCAUUAACAGGUGAAGAAUAUUUACAAAGGGUUAAAUGGCAUUCAAAUCGUUGUCCUUCAGUUGUUGUUGCAGAUAUAGAUUACAGUAAAAUUAAAGUUACAAUUCCUUCAAAUAGUUAUUUUACAUUACCACCUUCAAUUACAAAAUGUAAAAAAGAAUUAUUACCAACACCAACAUGGGAAAAAGAAUUUUUAAAUGAUUUUUCAGAAUUUAGACAAAAAUUACAGUAUAUAAAAUCAAAUAGACCUAGUAAUAAUAAUAAUAAUAAUAAUAAUAAUAAUAAUAAUAAUAAUAAUAAUAAUAAUAAUAAUAAUUUAAUACCUCAACUACCACAUAUAAAUGAUAAAAGAUAUUGGUAUAUAUUUUGUUUUGGUAGUAAUGGUAAUAAUAAUAAUAAUAAUAAUGAUAUAAAAAUGAAAGAUUUUAAUGAUAAUCAAGAAGAUGAUGAUGAUGAUGAAAACAAUGAAGAUUAUGAAUAUAAUGAAAAUAAAGAAGAGGAAGAAGAAGAAGAAGAGGAAGAAGAAGAAGAAGAGGAAGUAGAAGAGGAGGAAGAGGAGGAAGAAGAAGAAGAAGAAGUGGUAGAUUAUUCAACUAAAAAACCAACAUUAGGUAAUAAACCAACAAUGGAUAUAUUAUGUAGAUUGGAUCAUGUUUUAACGGUUGCAUUAGUAAAUUAUCAUAUUGAAUGGUUAGAGAAAAGAGAAUUUACUCAAGAGAGAUCAUAUUGGUUAUAUAUGCUUUUAUCAUUAUUAGAGAAACCUAUUGAUCCAGAUACAUGUUCAAAUUUACGUUCAUGUAUAAGAAGGUUAUCAGUAUUUAGAUCUAAAAUAACAAAUUUAAAUGAUCCAAAUCUACCAUCAAUUAAUAUCCUUUUCACAAUUAUAGCUAAAUAUUUUGAUCAAUUAGAACCAUCUGAUAUUUUAUAUUUAUAA